AUGAAAGAAGCAAGUUAUGCAACAAAGUUGAAAAAACUUGCUAAGUUUAAAGAAACUCGAAACGAAUGGUUUGUGAAAGAGGAAAAGAAAAAGAAGAGCAGGAAGAGAACUCCUAAAGUGCAAAAAGAGGAGGGUUCAUCUUCUCAACCACAGAAAAAGCAUCAAAAGAAAAGUGUUGAGACUAUGCUUGUUGAUGAAUCAGAGGAAGAAGAUGAAGCUGAAGCUGAAGAUGAAGCUGAAGCGAAAGAUAAAGCUGUAGAUGAAGGUGAUGUUGAAGAAGAUCAAGUCUAUUUAUCUCCUGAAUCUGAUCAACUGUUGAAAAAUCUUAAAGCAAGUUUCAAAGCAGCCAAAGUAGCUGGUGACGAUAAUGGUGGCGAUAGUUCAUCAAGCUCCUCAUCUGAAGAAGAUAUUGAUGAAACUGAACGUGCUGAAAGAAUUAGAGCUGAGAUUGAGAAAGAGAAACAACUAAAGAGAAAGAGGAGAGAAGAAAAAGAGGAUGAUUUGUACAAUCCAUCUCCUGAACAUGUUAUAGAAUCUCAAACGCCUCCAUCAUCUGGUGGAAGGAAGAAAGCCAGUGCAAGAAAGCAUGUGAUGUCUCCUAAAGCAACAAGAAGAAAGUUGGUUGUUAAGAUACCAAAACCAAAACCAUCUACACCACCAAAACAACCUAGUCCACCACCAUCACCUCCACCACAAAUUGAACAACAUGUAUCACCACCACCACAUCAAUCACCACCACAUCUAUCACCACCACAUCAAACACCAAUCCAAGAACAACCUGUUUUCACUUCACAGCAGAUCUUUCAAACACCACCAUCUACACAACCACCUGUUAAAACCACACCUGGAUCUUCUGGAUAUAGAGAUUUUCCUCAUAUUCCAUUGAAUAUUCAUCUGGAUGAUAUUGGUGAUUUUAACUUUGCAAGUGAUGAGCAAGUAAGAAGGUUGGAAAAGAAAGUUGAAGAAGUGUUGGUUGAAAACAAGAAGUUGGUAGAUCGUGAGAAGAGACUUGAAAAGCGUCUAAAGUCUGUGGAAGCUGAAAAUUCUUCAUUGAUUAAGAAAGUUGAAACUGAUCAGGUUGAAAUUGAUAUUAUGAAAGUAAAAAUUGCACAGUUGGAAGAUGAGAGAGCUGCUAAUGCGAGAAAUGAACAUGAAAUGCAUAUGAUAAACAAGGUGAGCAGAACAAGUAUUUCAAGUUGA